UCAUCUGACUGUGGACAUCUGUGCCCAGCUGAGAUGCUGAUGUUAGUCCAGGAUGUGCAGAACUGCAGCAGUCACUAUGUCACAGGUGAUGGGGGCUGGGAGACCUGAAACCAGCCAGGAUUGCCAAGGUUUUCCCGUCUGCUGGAUACAGAGCCCCCAGCCAGAGCCCCUCCCUGCUGGGCUCUACCUGUGGCACUGUCCCCACGGUGUCCCACAGCCAGGCAGGGCUCUUCAGGUCACACUAAGCAAGGUUUCCCCAACAUGCUGCAUCCUGCGAAGGGAAAGUCCCUCACACAUGGUUGUGGGGCCACAAGCCGCACGUGCAGGGAGCUGUGCUGCUGGGAGGGGAUGCUGAGCCUGACGUCUGCCAGCUCUCCGUGCCUGCCCUAUUUCUUCAUGUGCAUCCUACGCACAGAGCACUCCCAGGCUGCCCUGUCAGAUGCAGCUGAUCAAAGCUUACUCUCUAGAAACAGGAAUGUACACAGGACUUUUUUUUUUCAUUUCACUCUUCCAGCUUUCUUUUUUUUAAGAGAUAAUAAGUAUUUUGUCUAACACGUUACCUGGCUUAAAGGAAAAUCCCAAAGUGUGAUGCAGAGCCCAAGUUUCCCAUUGCUGCAUGGUAGCUGUGGGUGCUGAGGAGGAAGCAGCUGUGCCAGACUCUGACCUGGGAUUUCACCUGCUUAAGCCAGGCUUGUGUGGGCAAUAUAAACCCCUCAGAGCCCUGCUGCAGGACUACUCUUCUGCCCAGCACCUGCCCAGUGGCACCCUGACCCCUGAUGGCUCCCUGGAGGCUUCCCGUGCUCGCCGUGGCUCUGGGGUGGGGCUGGCUGCUGGCCUCCUCCUCCUCCCCCAGCACAGUUGCUCCCCCACGAGACCUUCGGAUCACUGACCCCGGGCUCCUGGGCUCUCUGGAUGUGGAGUGGAAGCCCCCGCCCCAUGCCCAGACCUUCCAGGAGUGCACAGUAAAAUACAAGUUUGAAUAUCACAGCACUGGGGAUAGAGACUGGAAGGUUAUUUUUACUAGGAAGCUAAAACUCAGAGUUGGAUUUGACCUCAGCAGGACUGCUGAAGUGAGGCUGCAGACACUGCUCAAAGGACAGUGUACAGGUGACGUGGAGGUGCAGAGUGACUGGAUUUACGCAACCUUUCAGAUCCCACCACAAGGAAAACUUGAAUCAGAGGUCCAGAAUUUCAACUGCAUCUACCAUGACUGGGAAUACCUGAAGUGCACCUGGCAGCCAGGUCUCCUCACACCUCGUGGUGUCCAUUAUGGGCUAUAUUAUUGGUACGAGGGGCUGGAGCAGGCGAUGCAGUGUGACUACUACAUCCAGGAGCAUGGCCUGAACCUCGGCUGCGUGCUGCACAACCUCAGCCAGGCAGAGUACCGGGAUCUCCACGUUUGUGUCAAUGGCUCAGCAGCAGCCACUCAGCUCCGGCCACUGUACACCACUCUGCGCCUUCACAACCUCGCACAGCCCUCGGCCCCGGAGCAGCUGGUGCUGUCCGUGCCUGCAGCCCAGGAGCUGCGGGCCGCCUGGAGCCCCCCGGGCGGGCGGGUGCCGCCGCACUGCCUGGAGUACGAGGUGCAGGUGGCAGAAGAUGCGGGUCAAGCCACGGCUGCCUGGGAGUUUGUUUCGACACAAAUGGAAACUGCUGUAACAAUUUCCAGAGCAAAUCAAAGCCACGUUUCAUGUGUUCGUGUCAGGGGGAGAACAAACAUUUUUUGUGCGGACCAAGGCUUUUGGAGUGAAUGGACACAGGAUUGUUUCUCUGUGCCCAGAAAAGAGGACAAGCAGCUAUUUAUUCUCAUUCCAGUCAUCCUGAGUUUGUCAAUUAGCCUCAUAAUAUUUAUGUUGAUUGGCCAGUGCAAGAAAAGAUCCCCAGCAGGAAAGCCAUUGCACACAUCUCUGGGAUUCUAACUGCCUGUGCCUCUGUACUGCUCGUCUUUGGUGGGCUGCUCAUGGAACCAUCCCAAGGAGAGCCCAGGAGCCCUGAGCUUUCUGCAGCCCAGGCGGGUCUUCCCUGCCUGCUGCCACUUGUGGAGGAAGUUGUUGCAAUCCCAGUCCUUAACGGGCCCAGGAAAACUGGAGGAGCUUAAACUGACUGCAGGAAAACUGGAAGAGAUCUAACCUGACUCUGAAGCAAGGUGUUUCUGAUAACAGGACAAGGGAGAAAAAGAGGCAGUGGAAACUGCCAUGAAUAAAGAUAACGUGUUGUUC